GUCGCUGUCAUCGACUGGUACAUAAAUAAAUAAAGACUGCAAUUAUUAUUUUGGCUGCCUUUUGGUCUCUUAGAACUGCAUAGCUGAUAAUAGCAGGAUGACCCAUGAAGCUCUUGGGUGAAGUGUUUAUUGUGGCCCUCUAUGCCAUAGGACUAUUUUCUUCAAUAACAAAGGCUGGAUUUGCAUGUCUCAGCAACCCAUGUAUUCAUGGAAUCUGCAUAGAUGACCUUAAUAGGUAUGUUUCCAGUUCUUAUACAUGCUAUUGUAUUGAUGGCUAUACUGGCAUACAGUGCCAAACAAAUUGGGAUGAGUGUUGGUCAAACCCUUGCAUGAAUGGAGGAACAUGCAUUGAUGGUGUUGCAUCAUACAACUGCACUUGUCCAGAUGGGUACAUGGGUGAACAGUGUGAAGAAAAUUUUGAUGAGUGUGAGUCAAAUCCUUGUCUAAACAAUGGUACAUGUGUAGAUGAAGUCAAUGGCUAUGUAUGUCAGUGUCUACCAGGAUACUCAGGAGUAAUGUGUGAAAUUGAUGAAGAGGUCUGCAAUACCACAGCAGAAACAAAUUGCUACAAUGGAGGACUCUGUAUUGAGGGACCGGGAAUAUCAUUCAGUUGUAUUUGCUCUCCAGGAUGGUCAGGUACAUUCUGUGAACUGCCUGUUGAUGAAUGUGCUUCUACACCUUGCCAGAAUGGGGCAGUAUGUGUCGAUCUCAAAGCAGAUUAUGCUUGUGCCUGUUUGUUUGGCUUUACUGGGAAAAACUGUGAAGUAAAACUUGUGCGAUGUGAAGAUAAUCCAUGUGAAAAUGAUGCACUAUGUCUUAUUGAGAGUGGGGGAGCUGUGUGUUAUUGUGUUCCUGAUUUUCAUGGAAACAAGUGUCAGUAUCAGUAUGAUGAGUGCCAACUUGGACCAAGGUGCCUGAAUGGUGGUACGUGCCUAGAUGGUAUUGAUAAUUUCACUUGCUCUUGUCCACCCAAUCUUACUGGAAGAAUCUGUGAGUGCCUUAUAAUUUCACCUGGGCAUUUGAAUUGCUCAUUCAUAUUGCCAUCAACAAGUGAAUUUCCUACACAAACUGCAACUGUGGCUUCAACUGAAUAUUUGACUUCAGCAUUUUCUUCUGACAGAACUGUACCUAAAUCUACCACACUUGCUGAAGGAAAGGUUUCUCGCACUACAGCUCCAACAUUCACAGAGACGGUAUUACCUUCCUCAUCUACUUUUUCAUUUAUGGCAGGCACUAGUUCAACUCAUCCACCUACUGAACCAAUAUCUUCAUAUUUUACAUCAUCAAGUGAAACAGUGGUGCCAGAUACUGAACUGAGUACAACUACUGCAAAACAAAUGUUUACAGAUGUUACAGUGUACCAAGAGAAGUCUUCCAAAAUUACACCACAGACUGAAAGUUCAACAUUGACAAGUACUGAAAUGUUAGGAACAAAUAUUACAACUGAGAAAUUAAAACCAGUAAGUGUUCAAACAUUGACUGUACCUUCAUAUACUGAAAUGGUUAGUGAAAUAACAACACUGCCUUCAGUUGAAGAGAAGUCAACUUUAAUACCACCAGAUUAUUAUACAACGGGACCAUUUACAACAGAAAAAGUAACACUGCCACCUCCUUCAGGAGAAACAGAUGAAACAAAGAGCAUAUCUCUCACUUCUGUAGGUGUAGAAACAUUCAGUGAUGGUAUAUUUACAGUACUGCAAACUGUGAAGACUACUGCUCCAACCUCAGAUAUAAGUGCCUUAGAUACAACAGAAUUGGAAUAUACCACUGCCACUCAAGUUAUUCCAUCUGCUGAGACAGAAGUGUACACAUCAACUGCAAAAAUACCAGACUGCUCCGUUACUCCUUGUCUCCAUGGAGGAACUUGUACAUAUUUUGAAGGUGGGAGUCAGUGCAAAUGUAAGUCUGAAUGGACUGGGCCUCUAUGUGAAGUGUACACAGGAAAUGAUACAGUUUCAUUCAGAGAGCAUUCUUUCGUUACACACCACCUUAUUGAAAAAACAGGUGCCAAAAUUGAAGUCCAGGCACGAACACUAGUGCUGAGUGGUAUUCUGCUGCAUGCUCAACUUACAUCAAAUGUUUAUAUGGCUGUUUACAUUGAAGAUGGAUUACUCAAUUUCCAGUUCUCUUGUGGAGUUCAAACCAUGCUUUUCACAGAAGUCCGAAGUCUGGUUAACAAUGGAUAUGAUUUAAAAGUGCAAGCAAUGCUUGAAUUACUGCCUUACAGCAUUGUUCCUCAGCACUGCAAUGCAUACUUACGAAUUAAUGAUUCACUUGCCAUGAGUGGAGAACAGAUAGCUGCAACUUCUCAGAUUGGCAAAACAGUGAAUGUAUUGUACUUAGGAGGAUUCCCUGCAGAAUUUUCUGAUCUCAGUGAAGUUCAGAUGAAAACUGGAUUCGUCGGUUGCAUGCAUGGUCUUAUGGUUGAUAAUAUGCCACGACAUAUUUUACAUGACUCAUUGAGUGCUUCAGGAAUUUCUGAAUGUGCAUCACUUGCAUGUUUGUCAAAUCCUUGUUAUGAUGGUGGAACAUGUGUAGAACAUAAUGAUGAGUGGAACUGUUUAUGUCCUUCAGGGUAUGUUGGGAAAGCUUGUGAGAAAUCAGUCUGUGAAGUAAAUCCUUGUCAGUUUGGUGCAACAUGUGUCAUUUUCCCUGGUAGUGGCUUCCUUUGUCUUUGCCCUCUGGGAAAACAUGGAAUUUUCUGUGAGCAUGACUUAGACAUUGGUCAGCCUUCUUUCUCUCCAUCAGUUUCUGGAUUUUCAUCAUACACUGCAUACCCUUUACCAGGAACUAUUCACCACAAUAUGGAACUAAGAUUCCGUUUCAAACCAUCAAGCAUGGAACAGAUAGCACUAAUGAUUUUUGUUGGGCAAGAUGGUUCUCAUGAUGCUCAAUCUGAUCACCUUUCUGUGAGCUUCAUAAAAGGUUAUGUUGUUCUUACUUGGAAUCUUGGAUCAGGACCACGGAGAAUCUUCACACCACGUCCUGUCACUCAGCGAGCAAGAAGACCACAUUUUGUGAGUCUGGGUAGAUCAGGAAAACAUGCUUGGCUUCGUGUUGAUAACCUGAAGAAUGUUACCGGAACAUCUCCUGGUCACAUGACUCAGCUAAAUACACAUUCUCCAUUAUACAUUGGUGGCCAUGAAUCAGCAAAUUUUUCAUUGCUACCUCAUGAUCUACCAUUGCACAGUGGCUUCUCAGGUUGUCUUUUUGAUGUGGAAUUGAGGACAGGCAGAAUUUCAGUUCCACUUCAGAAGACAAGGACUGCCACUGGUAGAAGUGUUGGUCAGUGUGGAACCACAGAAUGUCAUGAACAUGCCUGUCAGAAUGGAGGUGCAUGCCUACAUCAUGGUGCAUCUUUUGUGUGUCUUUGUGCAGAUGGGUGGUUUGGACCAGUAUGCGCACAACAGUACAAUCCCUGCGAUUCAUCACAACACAAAUGCAGCUCUGGUGCAACAUGUGUACCACUCAUUAAUGGAUAUGAGUGUGAUUGCCCUUUUGGAAAAGUGGGCACUUACUGUGAAAGAAAUGAAACCCCAUCUGAUGUUCACUUCUCUGGAAGACGGUCUUUUAUAUCUCUGCCUAUCAAAAAUCUGCAUGAAAAUGAAAUAUGUAUUGAACUAGAAAUUCGACCACUGGCUGACAGAGGGCUCGUGCUGUUCAUAGGGCAGCCAGAUACAAACAGUUUCAUGUCACUUUCACUUCAGGGUGGAGUGCUUGAACUUCGAAUUCUUCCCGGUCAGUCAAGGAAACGCAGUGAAACUAUUGUUAUACGAAGUGGAAGAGUCCUAGCCCCAAGAGAAUGGCAUCAAGUUCUUGCUUGGAGAUAUGGUCGAAAGCUUUAUCUAAGAGUUGAUGGUAGUCUAAGCACUGGGACAAUGCAUGCUGGAGAAAGACUCCCAGCUCUUGGAAAGAUUCUAUAUUUAGAAAAACUGACAACCCCAAAAGACAAAUUCACAAAACUGAAGUCUCUACAAGUUUGUACAAAGACAGCAGAGUUCAGAUGUUACAGAGGCCUCACACUAAUGGCAGGUAAAAAGCUUCUCUCUUCUACAUUGCUGUCUUGCUCUAUUGCACCACUUUUUCCGUCAUCAUUAACCCUGCAAUUGGACACAAAGUGUCAAACGCACAUGUAUAGGACAGAAGUAACGUUCUUGGCUGGACGUAACUUCCACAUUUCACCCUGGCUCCUACAUUCAUCAACAGUUGACAGGAGCGGACCUGUGGAUCUAAUAUUGUUGAGUGGGGGCAUUAGAAGUAGGGAGACCUGGCUAUCACAUACUUCCAACAGCUUCAUCAGUAAUGCUCAUUAUGUAAAAGCAACAGGUGCACCCCCCACUAUUUCAGUGAUCAAACAUUGUCAUGGACACGUGUGCCUGACUGGCAUAAAGAGCUCAAGGAAGGAUGAGAAAGUGUGGAAAAUCAGCAAUAUGAUUGCUGUCCUCAGACCAGCAUUACAGACAAAAACAUUUCGAGAUGUCUUGCUCAUUGAUUUUUUGCAGGAACAAUGCAAAAUCAAUGCUGUCUACUACUGUACUGGAGAUCUGUCAAACUUGCCAAAUGCUGCAAUGGCUACAUUACCAGAACCAUUUACAGGCUGCAUAAGGAGAGUUUAUUUAAACUGGGAGAAAAUCCCAUUGGAUGAAAAGAAUAUGAUUGCAGCACGUAAUAUAGCUGACUGUGAUGGAACACCAUGUGGUGGUGACAUAUGUGAACAUGGUGGGACUUGCUGGUUAGAUCCGUACUCUCAACCUCGUUGCAGCUGCAAGAAGUUCUAUACAGGAGCAUUUUGUGAAAGUCAAUUAACAUGUACAGAAAACAGCUGUCAAAACAAUGGACGAUGCAUGAACAGAACUUCAGCAAUUGCAGAAUGUUCCUGUCCCCUUGGCUGGGGAGGAGCAACAUGUGAAGAAGCUGUAAUGACCAUAUCGCCUCAUUUUGGAGGGAACGGCUACCUUGUUGUUGAAGGAAGUGGGAAAAGUGCAAAACAGAAUGAACUCAGUGUGCAAACCAAAAUGGAAAUUGGUUACUUAUAUAUAAAUUUUUCCACUAUUGAGUCAAAGGGAAUGAUUCUAUGGAGCUCAAUGGGACAAGAGUAUUUGGGUAUUGGCAUAGAAGAAGGACUGUUAAAGUUUGCAUGGGGACAUCCCACUACAAACCGUACACUGUUACUGGUCUCUGGUGGCGUAGCUGCUGAUGGCACCUGGCAUACUUUGGAGAUUGACCUUAGUCCAAGGAACAUCACUGUAUGGUUUGACAAUCAGCUUAUUCAUUCUGAAACAGAAGAAGGUGAAGGCAGCAAAAAAUUUCUAAUCACAGAUGGAAUAUUCUAUCUGGGUGGAUUCCCUGGAGAAGAAUCUGUAACAGAAUUAUCAAAUGGAUUAUUUUCAUCACAUUUCAUAGGAUGUAUCAAAGAACUAGCAUGGAAUAAAAAUACCAGUGUCACUGAUUUCUCAGAUUACCAGGGAGAAAAUGUUGGGAGCUGCGCUUCAAUACAAACAUAA